AUGCCUCACCAACUUUCCAUACCGCCGUGCGUCUUGACGCCUGCCCACCCGCAUCAUUUACCUCCGAUACAAAAGCCACUUCGAAUCAACAUCGAGGGGCCAACCCCAGCCGGGCCAGAGCUUGCAGACUUAACUUAUCGUACGCUCUACGGUAAAGCCCCUGUUCUGGACACCGAUUUAGUUGUCCGAGACGAGUAUCUGGGCUGGAUCAGGCGGCCGGUACCGUUAAGGCAUAUCGACUAUUACGGAGUGACAUUCGACCAUCUUGUGCGUGAGGAUGAUGCGGAUCCAGAGGUGUUGCAGAUAAACAUUCUCGAAAUGGACGAUGACGGAGAUCCGCUACAAUACGCCGGAGUGAGGAUUCUUGCCGUGCCAAGAUGCUGCCAAAAGAGAAACGGAAAAACAGAUAGAAAGAGGGUGAAUAACCAGGUCGAAAUGCGCAAGGCCCGCAGUAAUGGAAUUUCGUGGGAGACCAUCUAUAAAUCCAUAAUUUACCACAACAGCGGGGCGGGUCCGCAGUCCGAAACACUUAUUGGACUCGCACCGAUUCAUUCACGGGCCCUGGGCGUCAUCACGAAACCAGAUGCUCUGAUCCCGGGAUCUGGAAGCGAGCGCGACUUCAUCUCCCUGGCACGGAAUCAAGACGUCGAGUUCCGCCUGGGCUGGCACGUCUUGAGGAACCGGGGCACGGAGGCGGACCUGGAAGUGUGGGCCUUUGAGCAGCGCGAUGCCGCCGAGCUGCAGCUUCUGUCCUCUGGUGCCUGGGCGGGCCUUUCAUUACAGAACGUGGGCAUUAAAUCCCUGAGGGGCCGGCUGAGUAAAGUGCUCGUGGGCAGAUUUCUUCUGAGCUGCCAAGUCUUAUCGACAUCACUAAGUUAUCUGCCGGAAGCCAGAAACGCCUCGAGAAGCUUGGUUUGCCCCGAAACACCAUUUAUGAACAGAGAAUGUAUCUCAUCCAGAUUAGUCAAGCCUUUCAAGCCUUGCUAUGAAGAGCACAGCAUGUUGGAACAAUAG